AUGUCAUCGGCCUAUCAAGUAUCUACCAUUGGCACAGAGUACACCUCCUCACAUAGAGUCUAUAUUGAACAUAACAGACAAGUCAUUUCGCCUUUUCACGAUAUUCCACUUUAUGCUGACAGUGAAAAAAAGAUUGUCAACAUGAUUGUUGAAAUCCCUCGAUGGUCUAAUGCCAAAUACGAGAUUGCUACAGGUGAGAAAUACAAUCCUAUCAAGCAAGACGUGAAAAAGGGCAAGGUACGAUUCGUUCGAAACUGUUUCCCUUACAAAGGUUAUAUUUGGAACUAUGGUGCUCUACCCCAAACUUGGGAAGAUCCAACUGUGAUUUCAAAAGACACUAAUGCUCGUGGAGAUAACGAUCCGAUCGACGUAUGUGAGAUUGGACAAGAGAUUGGAUACAGAGGACAGGUCAAACAAGUCAAGAUUCUUGGCGUCAUGGCCUUACUCGAUGAAGGAGAAACGGAUUGGAAGUUGAUAGCUAUUGAUAUCAAUGAUCCACUGGCAGAUAAAGUCAAUGAUAUCCAUGAUGUAGAAAAGUACUUUCCUCAAUUGAUUGAUGCCACACGCCAUUGGUUCAAGAUCUACAAGAUGCCUGAUGGGAAACCAGCGAAUCAGUUUGCAUUUAAUGGUCAGUGCAAAGACAAGACUUAUGCAGAGGCAGUUGUAAAGGAAACACAUGAAGCAUGGAAGCGGUUGAUCGAAGGAAGAACUCCUUGUAAAGCAAAUACGCACGACAUUAGCAUGGCAAACUUUACAAACAAACAUUCACCUUAUGUUUUGAAUACAUUUAAUGAUCAGGAAUUACAAAAAGUCUUGGUUAAACAAAAGAAUAAGAAAGAUAUUGAAGCCAAAGAUAACAAAUGGUAUUUCUUAAAGUCGCAGCUUUAA